AAAAAGAUGGCAGACAAGUCUUCAUCUGAAGAAGAGUAUGAUGAAAUUUUUGAUGCUUUAAUAUAGUCUUCAAAAUCAAAAAAGAAUGAGAAGAAAUAGAAUUAUACAUUUCAAGAUGGAUAAUAUUAAUUUGAUGUAAUUAAACAUUUUCUAGAAACUUUAUAAGUUAACAACUUCUAAAAAGGUUACAGUAUCCAAAUUUAAAGGUAACGUUGUUCUAAGUUUUCGUGAAUAUUUUGAGAAAGAUGGAUAAAUGUUACCAACAAAAAAAGGACUUACAUUAUCAUUAGAUAAUUGGGUGAAAUUCAAAAAAUAUAUUGGGGAGAUUGAUGAAUGCA